AUGGAUCCCAAGGAGCACUUUUACAGGCGUUUUGAAGCCCAAGCAACAGCUCUCCAGGAUGACAUCGCAAACCUAGGCAACAUAGCCGUCACGGGCGGCGAGCGCAAGGACGCCACCGACCACAUCCUCGCCUCCAUCUCCCGUCUCACAAACGAAGUUUCGGACGCAUCAGAGUUCGCUCCUGCGCGUGAUCAGAUGAUUUACACCCAGGCUCUCAAGGCACUCCGCGAACAGCUCAAUAUCCAGACCUCUCGACUUGGUCCAGACAGGAGUCGCUUUUCUUUCAGCUCCAAAUCCAAGGAGAAGUUCUUGUCGUCCUCCCCGCCAAUUAACAAAGACCCAGCUGUUGGGGACGACGAGAAUGAUAUUGCUGUCUCCGCGUCGGAAGAGGACGGCCUCGGCGACUUGCCCAGAUUCGACAACACCAAGAGCAAGAACUACAAUGCCGAAAUGGCCUCCCAGACCGGCAUCGGCAUCCGCAAGCCGUCUUUCUCCGCCGCCCGCGACAUUGAUAUCUCAUCCCACCAAGAGAUGCACAUCAUCCUGCCUGCGACAGCCAGCCGAGCUACUACCUCGGGGAGCAUCACAGAUCUGCAGCGGUGCGUGCUCGACAUGUCGGUGCCUACUCUGCACCAGAAGGACGACGAGUCCACCAAGAAGAGACGCCCCAAGGCAAGCCCGUUUGCCAGCCUCGCCAUCAAGAACAUAUCGCAAAGCCUGAUCAUCGCCGGCCAUGUGGCGGGCCCAGCGCACAUCACCGGCGUUAAGGACUCCGUGCUCGUGGUGAACGCGAGGCAGGUGCGGAUCCAUGAGUGUGAGAAUGUCAGCGUGUAUCUGUGGGCAGGCAGUCGGCCUAUCAUCGAGGAUUGCAAGGGGGUGAGAUUUGCAGAGAUCCCAACCUGCUACCAGUUGACUAAUGGUCAGGAACCUCCGAACAACCAAUGGAACCAGGUCGACGACUUCAACUGGCUCAAGACUGAGGCCUCGCCCAACUGGAAGACCAUCACGGCGCAGGACGAUGCGCACAUCCUUGCAGAGUUCUGGGAGACAACCGUGCGGGGCGGGCCGUCGCUGAGCACAAAUGACAUCCUCAGAAAGGCGGGAGUCCUGUAG